UGGAAGAUGGCGGCCGGGGAUCGGGGCGGCGGGGCGGGCUUCGCCUUCCGCUGCCUGCCCCAGAAGGUGUUCCCCUGCCUGGAGGACAGGGACAUUCGGGGGCGACUCUUCAAAUGGUCCAUGCAAGGCAGGAUCACAGCACAAGCAUUCAGUUUUGACCAGCAGUUUAAGCCCUAUCAAAAGGAUGAAUUUGUUAUGGCAUUUUUUAAUGAUCAAAAUGUGAACUCCAGUUUAAAGUUGCUCUCAUCUUCAGGACAAUGGACUACAUUGGGUUCCAGAGUGACAAGAAUUGAGGCUGCAGUGGUGCCCUGUACACAGAUUUCCAUGUCAUUUUUUGAUCGGCUGUACUCUGAAGGAGUUGUUAGAGAAACUGGAAUUAUUGUGAAAUGUUAUGAUGACUACUACGAUGAUAUUCUCAUCUCUGAUGAAUUAAGGAAGGUCUUGCUUUUGGAAGAUUCAGAACAUUAUGACUUAUUCAGCCAAUUGGAUCGUGAGGAAUUUUUGUUCUGUCUUUUUAAGCAUCUUUGCAUUGGAGGAGCUCUUUGCCAGUUUGAAGAUGUAGUUGGCCCAUACUUAGAAACUACAAAAGCUUUAUAUAAAGACUUGGUGAGUGUUCAAAAGGAUCCUGAAACAAAAGAAAUAAGUAUUAUUUCUACAGUCUUCAGAGUGUCUGCAUAUGAUGAUAACGGCCUAUGUUACCCUUCAAGCAAAAGCCACCCUCAGACUUUCGCCUACCUGAUUGUGGAUCCCUGCAAACGGCACGUGCAUACUCUGUAUCACUCUUUUGGUGGAAGUUUAUUUAGUAGUGACGUAUAAACCUGGCUGCUCUCCAGCUUUAUAAUGGAGGUGGCCUUCUCUGCAAGAAUUCCGGUAGAAAUAGCCUAGUUUCGUUGCGGGAUGUGCUCCUUGGUCACACGCCGUGAAUGGCUACACGUCCACGUAGAUGUUAUGUGGUUAGUGACAGAAGUUCUCUGCAAUUUUCUGUGUUUAAAAGGCGUAGUUCUUGAAGCCGUUUGCCUGACAGUUUUGUCCCCCCCUUCGCUCGCCCUUUUAUCUAAUAAAAGCUAUUUCUCUA